UAAGCUACCAGGCAGCUGUAAGCUAGCACAGAUAUAAAUAAGACAAAGAAACCUUGUGAAGAGUCUGAUAGAAAAAGACUUUAAAGUAACGCAGGGUGAAGGGAGCGGCUGUGACACAACGCUGCAUGCAUUAUUUGGUAUAUUUGGAAGAAUGGAAUUGAAAGAAUGGAACAUGAAGAUGGAGCCAUGAAGGAUCCUGUGGUAACUUAGACAAGCUCCACCUCUGUACAUUUUAACUAUUCAAAAGUGCUUUGAGGACGUGAGUGGUACCCCUAAGCUGGUGAUGUCACGGGUUCCCACCCCUCCUCCUCCUGGGGAGAUGUCAAGUGGACCUGUGGCAGAGAGUUGGUGUUACACACAGGUCAAAGUAGUGAAGUUUUCCUACAUGUGGACCAUAAACAACUUCAGUUUUUGCAGAGAAGAAAUGGGUGAAGUUUUAAAGAGCUCAACCUUCUCCUCCGGCCCUAAUGACAAGAUGAAAUGGUGUCUGCGAGUCAAUCCAAAGGGACUUGAUGAUGAAAGCAAAGAUUAUCUGUCAUUAUAUUUACUUCUUGUUAGUUGUCCAAAAAGUGAAGUCAGAGCAAAGUUCAAGUUUUCUUUGUUGAACGCUAAAAGAGAGGAGACAAAAGCAAUGGAAAGCCAAAGAGCAUAUAGAUUUGUCCAAGGCAAAGACUGGGGCUUCAAAAAGUUUAUAAGGAGAGAUUUCCUCCUCGACGAAGCCAACGGACUGUUGCCAGAUGAUAAGCUUACCCUGUUCUGUGAGGUAAGCGUCGUCCAGGACUCUGUGAACAUUUCUGGUCAGUCCAACAUGAACAUGCUCAAAGUCCCAGAGUGUCAGCUGUCUGAUGACCUGGGGAACCUGUGGGAGUGUUCACGCUUCACAGACUGCAGCCUGUAUGUGGGAGGGCAGGAGUUCAAAGCCCACAAAUCCAUCCUUGCAGCGAGGUCUCCUGUCUUUAAUGCAAUGUUUGAACAUGAAAUGGAAGAGAGUAAAAAGAACCGUGUUGACAUCAGCGAUGUAGACCCAGACGUCUUUAAGGAAAUGAUGGGCUUCAUCUACACAGGAAAAGCCCCGAACCUGGAGAAGAUGGCCGAUAAUUUGCUGGCAGCUGCAGAUAAAUACGCUCUGGAGCGUUUAAAGGUCAUGUGUGAAGAGGCCUUGUGCAACAGCCUUUCAGUGGAGAACGUGGCCGACACCCUCAUCCUAGCAGACUUGCACAGUGCUGAGCAGCUCAAAGCACAAGCCAUAGAUUUUAUCAACAGGUGCAGUGUCCUGAGACAGCUGGGCUGUAAAGAUGGAAAGAACUGGAAUAGCAAUCAUGCUACAGACAUAAUGGAGACUGCAGGCUGGAAGUCAAUGAUCCAAUCCCACCCUCACUUGGUCGCCGAGGCCUUCCGCGCCCUGGCGUCAGCACAGUGCCCCCCCUUCGGUCUUCCCAGGAAGCGUCUAAAACAGUCCUGACUGCCCGACUGUGGCCCAGGACUUUACUGGAGGUGUGAAGCAUGGGUUUACAGAGGACGGACUAGUGAGGGUACCGCUCGACUUCCACCAAAACUGAACACACUUGAAUAAAGAAGAGUGGAGCUUUUCUGGACAGGGACGUACGUGGGGAGGCCGGCACGUGGACGACUGACAUCAACAGAUCGGGGGGGGGUCGGUUCAAUCGGUGUUACUUUCUUGCUUUGCUGCCCCAACUGAAUUCAGUUCAGCCCGGGUAGGAAGACGAGGCGUCUGCUACUGUUCAUUAUUUUCCUGUAAUUUUGAAAAUGGCCUUAAUAUAUCUGCCAUUGCUCUGGAGCUGCUCUAGAGUACUUUGUCUAUUUUACUCUGUGCCUGCCUUGUCACAAAGACCAGGCCUCCUCCAGGUUGCACUAGUUCCCAUGAAUAGUCAUUUUGAUAUGGAGUUCUAUAGGAACGUAACAAAGGUUUAACUAAAUGGGAAAUAUUAUAUAUUUGUAAUGUUUAGCCCGUUUUGUGACUAGACAUUAAAAAGCAUGAACACUUUCAGUGCAAGGUCAGUUCUUUACACUUUUUAAAAGAUGCGUAUGCCCCAUAUUGAUGGCACCAUUUCUAUGUAAAUGACAGUCGAACCAUCUUCAGAAGACCAGUGUACAAGAAAGUCUGUUCUAUUGCAUUUUUGUGGGGAAAAAAAACAAACAUAAUCUGCCAUGAUGAAGAUCCAGUGUCAAUUCUUAAUACACGUAAGACGGAAAGUGUCUAUGGCCCUAAUAUAUUAAAACAUUGGAAGUAUAUGGAAAUAUUUACUCAGUCUCCCAUUUCAAUGACAUAUUCCAGAUCAUACGUCUGUGAACUGUUUAGAGAAAAUCUUGAGAAUUUCUUUCCUUAGUAUUGCCAACUUGCAAAUAUUAUAUAUUCUCAAUAUAUUGUGGUUAACUAAAAGUGGAGAGACUAAUGCAUGGUCAUGUUAUUGUCGAAGAAAGUGUCCAAGUACCAAUUUUGUUUUUAACAAUUUAUUUUCUGAAUUAUCUGAACUACUUGUGCAGAAUUAAAUUGAGUAUGUGCAAAAUUUCCUCUAACAUGCUUGGAUAUUUGUAGGAUGCUGAGCAUCACUUCUACUGGCAAUGUUAUUGUGUGUUUGAAUGGGGGGGUUGUCAUGUUCUUGGGUCCGUCUUGUAUGUGGCGUGGUGUGACAGACACUUCAGAGGAUUUUGUAAAUUAAAAGAGUAGCAUCAUUUUUACAUGAUCUUACUCCUCAUGCAGCGUCAUGUUGAGAGAUGUUUUGUUCGGAAGCAAAAAGAUGAAGUUGUUGUCUGCAAGAAUGCCUGCAUUAACCCAUUAAAACAUUUUCCAGCAGUCUGA